GGGAAGGGAGGUGGGGAGAGGGGUACAACGGGGUCUCAGGAGCUGCUCGCAGCCCGAGGCCUUCCCCGACACCCCACCAGCCCGUCUGUUUGCAGGAUGCCGACUUGGCUCGUUUGCUGAGCUCCGGCUCUUUCGGGAACCUGGAGAACCUCAGUCUGGCCUUCACCAACGUAACCAGUGCCUGCGCUGAGCACCUCAUCAAACUGCCUUCUCUCAAGCAGCUCAACCUGUGGUCCACUCAGUUUGGAGACGCCGGCCUGCGGCUCCUGUCGGAACACCUCACCAUGCUCCAGGUGCUGAACCUGUGCGAGACGCCCGUCACCGACGCCGGCCUGCUAGCCCUCAGCUCCAUGAAGAGUCUCUGCAGCUUAAACAUGAACAGCACCAAGCUCUCGGCUGACACCUAUGAAGAUCUGAAGGCCAAGCUCCCCAAUCUGAAGGAGGUGGACGUCCGCUACACGGAAGCCUGGUGAACCUCCCGGCUCGGCAGGAAGGCGUUUGCAGCUGCGACACACAACUCUUGACUAAUAGCCGUAGAGCGCCGGCCCUGGGGUCCCACCCCCAGCGUCCCGGCUGUGAGAUAGAUGGGGGAGUCUUUC